UCUUCUGUUGUUCUUUUUCCCUACAUCUACGUUUUCCUUUUUUGGGUACUUGUACUAACUUUGUACGCAGAACAGUGACUUUUUUGUAUCCAAUCAGGUCAUCGUUUCAACUAAUAUUUUAGGGAGAAGAAUCUCUUCUAUCUAGCAAUAGGACUUGUUCAACCAUAUCUGUCGUGAUGGAAAUGAAAGGAAGUUCUUCUGAUUUAGUGGAAACUUCAGGGGAUGUCUCAAAUAGCAAGAAAGGUGGCCUUAAAACCAUGCCAUUUAUUAUCGCAAAUGAGGCAUUGGAAAGGGCUGCAGGCGUUGGACUAAGCGCGAAUAUGAUCUUGUACUUGACGAAAGAGUAUCACUGGGAAAAUGCUACUGGAGCUAGCAUCCUUUUCUGGUGGGGUUCUAUCGCAAAUUUCAUGCCUAUCUUUGGAGCUCUCCUUGCUGAUUCUUACUUGGGUCGCUAUUUUGUGAUUGCUUUAGGAACAUUUGUCAGCCUUAUGGGAAUGGUGGUAUUGUGGUUAACAGCUAUACUAAAAGAAGCAAAGCCACAUUCUUGCAACCUAGAAGCAGGAAAUUGUUCAAAACCAGACUUUGGCCAGGUCGCACUUCUGUUUGCAUCAUUUGCAUUAAUGUCCAUAGGAGCGGGGUGUAUUAAGCCGUGUGCUUUAGCCUUUGGAGCUGAUCAAUUCAACAAACCUGAGAAUCCGGACAAUGGAAAGAUCUUGCAGAGUUUCUUCAAUUGGUAUUAUGCAUCAGUUUGCAUAUCAACCUUGAUUUCCAUGACAGUUAUAGUGUAUAUUCAGGCUCAAUUUGGCUGGAUUGUGGGCUUUGGAGUGUCAGCAUGCCUCAUGCUGUUGGCAGCUGCUACGUUUCUUUUGGGUGCUAAACUUUUCAUUAGGAUCAAAGCAAACAAGAGCCUGGUCACUAGUUUUGUCCAAGUUGUAGCUGCGGCAUGGAAAAACAAACAUCUUUCUUUGCCUCCAGUGGAUUCUGAUGAGUUGUAUCAUCAUGACAAGGGUUCAAGGCUUACUAUUCCAACAAACAAACUAAGGUUCUUAAAUAAGGCGUGCAUCAUUAGAAACCCUGAGAAAGAUUUAAAUCCAGAUGGAACAGCUUCAGACCCAUGGAAACUGUGCACGGUUCAACAAGUGGAAGGAAUGAAAGCCCUGCUCAAGGUAUUGCCCAUAUGGUCAUCAGGCAUCAUGGUAGCAGUAACCCUGAACCAGCAUGCCUUUCCAGUACUCCAAGCAAACACAAUGGACAGACACCUUGUUGGAAACUUCAAUAUCCCACCAGGCUCAUUUAGUGCUUUUGCAAUCAUUACAUUGACAAUAUGUGUAGCCAUCUAUGACAGAAUCCUCGUGCCCCAGAUGUCAAAGAUCACCAAGAACCCACGUGGCCUGAGCUUUAAACAACGAAUGGGAAUCGGUAUCUUGCUCUCUUGUGCAGCUCAGGCAGUGGCAGCAUUGGUGGAAAAGGAACGACGGGCGCGAGCCCUUAGUGAUGGGCUAGCAAUCCAUCCAUUUUCACAAGUGAACAUGUCAGCAUUCUGGCUAAUACCACAGAACAACUUAACUGGACUAGCUGAGGCAUUCAAUAUAAUUGGGCAGAUAGAAUUCUACUACUCACAGUUCCCCAAAAGCAUGGCAAGUAUUGGAGUAGCACUACUCGCACUGGGCAUGGGACUUGGAAACUUGGUGGGGAAUCUUAUUGUGAAAUAUGCUUCAACAAGAGGAGGGAAACAAAGUUGGGUAUCAAAUAACUUAAAUUUGGGUCACUAUGAUUAUUACUAUUGGCUACUUUGCUUUCUGAGCAUGGUGAAUUUCUUCUACUUCAUCUUGUGUGCCUGGGCUUAUGGAUCCACUGAAGAACAACAGAAAAUAUGGGAUGUUGAACAAGUUGAAAAGGAAGGAGACAUGCUCAUAUUGUAGACUUGUUUUAGUUCGAAAAUGUAAAAUAUAUUUACACAGUCUGCCACUUAAUUUAGCCCAGGUUUAAUUUCUACACACACACCUUUAGUAGA